CGGCAGGGGCGGAAAAGUGAGGAAAAGCGGCUGGAAAAGCAACCAAAGACGCAGCAGCUUCAUUCUACAAAACAAUUGUGGAAAAGUGGAAAACGUGUGUGUGCCUGUGUGCCUGUGCAAAAGGCAAACAAUAGAAAACCAGAUAGAAAAUCAGCAGAGAAAACAAUCAGCAACAAAGCAGCAGCAGCAAUAUUUUUGAGUACUUUUGUUUAUUUUGUUUGUUGCUGUUUUUUUUUGGUAUAUGCUUCGGUUACGAUGUCGUUGAUGAAAAUUCAUCGAAGCAAUGAAUCAUUUUGCAGUUGCUGGUUGCUCUUGUUGGUGGCAUUGUUGGUAGUCGAGGCGGCUUCGGCCACGUUGAGUGAAACACAGACCAAUGCAACGCAAACUAAUGGUGCAAUUAGAGAGCCGGAGCAGCAAACGAGGCAUGUGCAACAUCAGCAGCAGCAGCAGCAGCAGCAGCAGCAGCAGCAACUGCAGCUGAAUGCGACCGCCGGCGAUGGCGACGGCGAAAGCCGAAAUUCAGCGGAAAUUUUCAGUCCCGGCGAUGUGGAUGCCGUCGGCGAUAAGCCCACCACUUAUAGGCCCUCGGGCGCGAAUAGGCCAUCGAUUGCGCCGCUCAACUCGGCGCAGGAUCGGGAGCGUAAGCUGAUGAAUGUGCUGGCUGCCCGGCGGUCGGCCCUUCAUCGCGGUGGCUUCCGUACCCGGAUUGGAACCACCGGACGCAGUGCCAUUUCCCCUGCGGCCGCGGCGGCGGCAGCGGUGGAGAGUACCUCGAAGGCGCCCAGUGAUCCUCGGUCCGUGUGCAUCCGCAACUGUACCAAGAACUUCACGCGACGCACCACCGCCAGUUGCAUGCGGCAGUGCGCCAACUUCACCCGCAUGGCCAUGGCCUCCAAUGGCAACAGUUCGGUGGUGCUGAAGGGUCUGGCAGCCAAGGGAUCCUCCGGCUCCGCGGGAGAUCGCGACACCAACGAGAUUCUCUUUAGCGACGAGUCCUCGCACGGACUGUUUGUGGUGGCCAAGGACCAGAAUGACACGGUGAACCACAUAGCAGACGGUGUGAAGCCACCCGUGGUGGGUGGCAAGGGCAUCCGGAGCAAGGCCACCUCCAUGGAGCGCGGGGAGGAGGAUGCCGAGGAGGAGGAGGAUGAGCUGAAGCCAUAUGUCUACUUUGGAGCCAAGCUGCCGCCGAUUCGACCCGGUGGCUUGACCAUUAAGCCCGCCGAGGGCGAUGACGAGCACCCGCGAGUGCUGGAGGUUUCGGUGGCUCAGAGCAGCACCACCACGACGCUGACCACAACCAGUAGCACCACGCCGGAGCCACCGAGCACCACUAGACCCACUGCCUCUACCCGGAGACCCUUGACGCCCGUGGAGCGUAGUCGUAGUAGAUACAAGUAUCACAUGAGGGACCGGGGACUUGCUCCGGCCCCUGCACCUGCGGCAGCCCCACCUGUCCAGCCAGUGAGUCGUACGAGGUAUGUGGGCUCGGGAAGACCCACCGCUGGACUCUCUGAUCCUGUUCAGGAGACGAAGCAGCCAGAAGCAGAAGCACCCAAGCCAGUGAUGGUGCGGAGAGUGGUGCAAAAGGCAACGCCCUCCUCCUCCACGCCACUGAUCAUCACAGUACUGAGCGCCGAGGAGGAAACCACAGUGGGGCAGGCGGAAACCAGCACCUCGACGACGACAACGACAACCACUACGACAGUGAAACCCACCACGACAACCAGUACAAGUACCCAGGCACCCAGCACCACCAGAAGAACAACCACGACUACAUCGACAACGACAACGACAACGACACCAGUGCCCACAACAGCAGCCACAGCCACAAUUCCUACCUCCACAGCUACGACGACAAGUAGCACCACGGCCAGCACCACCACUAGCACUACUAGUACCUCCACUCCUGUCCCUUCAAAGGCACCCAAAACCAUCAGUGAAAAGGAUACAGAGCUCAUUAGGGCCUUGGGACCGGCCUUGACCCAGGAGAUCAAUAUCGAGGAGUCAAACAAUCUGAUCAUCUUUUGCAAAAACACCGCCGACUGCGGGGCUACUCCUCGCACCCAAACCCAGCCCUCGCACACCACCGACUCCAGCCAGAAGAUCCUGCGCACCACCGUGCUGACCUCGGUGAGAUCCACUGUGAAUCCUCGACCCACUAGUACCAGUACGACAACCACGUUGGCACCUCCGCCUGUUGUGCCAGCUUCAUCCGGGGAUGUCUACAUCGGGAUUGUGGAGUCUUCCUCCUCCGCUGCGCCACAGGAUAUAAGCUCCACGGUGAUAGCCAACGAAAGGGAUCUAAAUCUGGAGAUGCGGAGGAUGAACCUGGUCACUCUGGUGCUGGUUGCAGUGGGAGUGAUUCCACUGGCCGCCAUUAUCCUAUACCUGGCGAGGAACUAUGUGGUGCGACGUAGGGCCAAGCAGGGCGAGGUCUUUGACGUUUGCAUCACGGACCAGCAGCCCAUCAGUCCCGUGAAGAAGGUGGACUCCAAAUACCAAGUGGAGGACGACGAGGAUGAGGUGGAUCAUCCGCAUCAUCACCAGCACCAUCAGCAGCAGCAGCACCAUCAGUCCAUGCCCAUGUCCCAAGCAGCCCAGAGGGAUGCGAACCACAAUAGGUAUGGAAACAACAACGAUGACAAGACAUCGCUGGCCAGCGAGUUCCAGGAGUUUGAGCGGAGCAACAUCAGGCUGAAGAGUCUCCUCGGCGAGGGCAACUUUGGCCAGGUGUGGAAGGCGGAGGCGGACGAUCUGAGCGGCCACUUUGGGGCCACCAGGAUUGUGGCCGUGAAGACAAUCAGAGCCUGCAGUGCCCAGGUGAGCCUCAAGGACGAGGCCAACAUCAUGCGCAAGCUGGGUUCCCAUCAGAAUGUGGUCACGCUGCUGGGUGCCUGUGUGGAGAGCGAACCCCACAUGCUGAUCAUGGAGUACGCCAUGAGAGGUCGCUUGCUGUCCCUCUUGCGGGCAGCGCGAAGUGCCACCAAUAUAUUGCCAGCAUCAGUGCCAGGCGGCCGGAGUCUGGCUCCUCUGUCGCCCCGCACCUUGGCAGGCUUUGCCCUGGAUAUAGCCUGCGGGAUGGAGUACAUAGCGGGCAGAAGGAUCGUCCAUCGAGAUCUGGCCGCUCGCAAUGUGCUCCUCGAUCACAAUGGCAUGUGCAAGAUCUGCGACUUUGGCAUGUCCAUUGAUCUGGACGCGGAGCGUCUGCGCAAGGAGCAGGAGAAGAACGCGGCCAACGACCUAAUGCGCCACAAUGCCCAAAAGUUCAAGUUUGACUUUGGCAGCCGAUACAUCCUGCAGCACUGGCAGCACACCUUCGGCCAGGGUCAUGGUCCCGGGCAUGGGAACUGCUCCAAAGAGCACGGACACGGGGAGAAGAAGUCGCACCAUGGCCACGACACCAUCGGCAAGCGGCACGCUCUGCCCAUUCGCUGGAUGGCGCCGGAGAGCCUGCAGUACCACAUGUUCACCACCGAGACGGACAUUUGGGCGUUCGGCAUCGUCCUCUGGGAGAUAGCCACGCUAGGCUCCACCCCGUACUCCCAGCUGACUGGCCGGGAAGUCAUCCGUCGGGUGCCCCAGGGACUCCGUCCGGAGUUGCCCAAGGAGAGCCGGCACGAGUUCUACAACCUAAUGUCCCGCUGCUGGCACAAGGACCCGCACAUGCGACCCUCCUUCGCCCAGUCCCGGCUGGAGAUCACAAGGUCGCUGCACAAGUGGGUGGACGACGACUCGGCGGCGUCGGACUACAUGGACGUGAGCGGGUUCAGCGAGGAUCUCGAGCAUGGAGUGGUCUACUUCAACCACCGGAUCUCGGAGUUCGAGUGCGAGAUAUGACGCUGACUGAACCCAGCCCCCUCCAAGCAUCUCAACCACCUCAGUCCCAUCCCGAACUCAUCCAAAAAAACCACCUAUCCUUCGAAAUUCUCUUCGCCUCCCCAGACGUGCUGGUCGAGCAGUAUUAUUUGUAUUUUAUCGUUAAUCUUCCACUUCGGUCCAGAGAGUUUCUUUCAUUGUAAAUAUUUAUACAAAAAUUCUUAUGAUUUACGUUUAAUGAAAUGGCGCUACCUAUGCCUAGUUUAAUAUUCGUCACUUAGUUCUUCUAGUCUGUAUCUCUGAAUUCCCAUCUUCGAGUUGAGCUAUAGCCCCCGACGUAGCCCCGAUUUGACUGCACCAUCCAAACAUAGAGUUCGAACCACACCUGUUGUGUAAAAUUAUUCGUUGAUAUAGAUAGGCGUGCAGCGCAUAGGAUCUAUGUAAUUGUAUUUGAUAUCUAGCUAUAGAAUUGUACAAAUAAAUUAAUUAAACACGA